AACAAUAAUGUAGAGUAACCUUCCAUUAACUAUACAAAAUGUUUAUAUUGCCUGUACAGUAUUUAUAUUUAUGUUUGAAAUUUUUAAGUAAAUGAUUAAGCUAAGGAUGUCGAAAAUAAGUCAGAGUGAUUAUGACAAGAAAUACCAAGAAGAUUUAGAAAAAGCACAAGCCUUAAGCUUAGAAACUUUAGCUUUAGAAAAGUUUAGGCAAGAAAAACAAAAGACUGAGCUUCAAAACACCCAUUCUUUUGUAGUGAAAUCUGGCCAUGUUGCUUUAAGGGGGAAAAAUACUGGCAAAAGUAAUAGCAGUGAGAAUGUAAGAAACAGAAAUGUUUUAUCUAAAGCAACGCAGAGACCACGUCCUAGUUGCAUUGAACCAAAAUCAGCAAGUCUUCCUAAAAUUCCACCACCUCAAGUUAUCAGGAGAGAUGGGACAUCAACAAGUUCCUGGGAAACUUCUAAUUCAUCUGAUGAUCUGAUUUCUUUUCAUUCUUGUCAUACAAAUGAUACUUCACAAUACUCAUCAUAUUUCCAGAAGUCUUCCCAUUCUAGUGCUGCAGGAAAUACAGAAUUCAUUCAACUAAACAGGCAGCCAAGCUCAUCAAAUAGUCCAUCUACUCAUGAAAAAUCAUCAUUUUAUGAUCUAGGUUCAUUCCACUUUCACCCCCCAUCUAAUAUUUUAAAAAGCUCUUCAGGUGUUCGAGGUACUGAUUUUCAUAACACUCAUAUUGAAAAAAAAUCAUCUGGAAAUCUCAUUGACUUCAAUACAUCUACUACUGAUGGUCUAACUUCAAGAGACAAAAAUGUAAGGGUUAGUUUGCUGGAGGCUUUUGAUCCUCUUGUUACCUGUGAUUCUCAAUAUGCUACUCCUAAAGAUGUUAUAUAUGAAUCAUACGAUCCAUUUGAUUUUUUAUAUUCAACUAUAGCUGAUAGUAUAGCUCCUAAUAUUAAACACGAGCCUAUUUAUAGUACUAUUACAAAAACUACAAGUAGUCCAAUACAGACACCAGCACCCCCAUUACCCCCAAGAAACAGCACUAUUAAAAAGGAUGCUACCAAGAAGGUUAAAACAAAAUGUUCUUCAAGGUUGUAUGAAAAUAUUAUGCCUAUUGAGAGAAGAACAAAUCUUCAUGACCCGGAUGUGAUUGCUUUUCAUUUAAAUGUUAAGAAGAUUAGAGAAAGAUAUGAUUAUACUGAUUCCUUUACAAAUUUGGGGAUAGUGAUCAGCCCUAUGAUUGAGAACUGUUACAAAAUAGACACAAGUAUUAAAUUAAUAAUUCAUUGUUCCUCAUUGAACAUUAUACAUCCUAUAACUUUAACAUGUGAUGUGAAUUCUAGUGUAGAACAUGUUUUAAUGCAUAUAGUUUGUGAACUUGAUAGUGAUUCUGUUGAUCAAUACAUGCUGAAAGUUUAUGGCUUAGCAGAGUAUUUAGAAUCUAACACGUGUUUAGCAGAUUAUGAAUAUGUUCAUAACUGCAUUAAACUGGAGAAAGAUGUAGAACUUAGUCUCCUUCGAAAGGAUUCAAUUUAUAGAAAAUUGUUAAGAACUGAAGAAGAUGACAUACAUGACAAGCCAAUAUCAUUAGCCGAAUUAUUGCCUAAAGAACCGGUCCAGCCUAUUUCUUAUGAAUCACUUCUUAUUGUACUAGAAACAUUAGAAAAUGAAAUUGAUCGUAUUAUUGCUGCAUCUAGAGAAAGUACUGAUUCAUUUUCAAAUAUACAACCUCUUAGUGUGCUUCAAGCUGUUAAAGCUGUCUGUGCACUAUUAGGAAAUAUAGAAACUUUGCAAAUUUCCCAAGCUCUUGAUAAUUUUGUUCAUGCUUGUGAAGAAUUUCCUAUUAGCCAGUCAUCUACAAGAAGCAAGCCUGAAAUUGUAGAUGAUUCUGGAAACUAUUCUGUUGUUGUAUUCCGAGAUGAUACUUUUGCAGACAAUUUGUAUCAGCACUGUGAUAAUAUUAGAUCUGCUGUUCAAGGGUUGAUAAAAAUGUAUUGCUGUAUGUUUAGAGCAGAUUUUCAGUUAUUACCUCUUCAACCCACUGCAACAACAUCAAAAUUAUCAUCAGAAAUUAGUGAUUCAGUUUUACUAUAUAUUGGUUGUAUACACCGUAUUUCUCAAAAAUGGAAUUCAGAAGAAUUUUCUAUUGAAGCUCAAAUUUUUCAUGGAACUCGACCUGUCAGCUCACGUGCUUGUUCUCAGCCAGUGAUGCUGGAAGUUUCUACCAGUCCUUACAAACGAGCUGUUUUUGAUACUUGGCUUCAUUUUGAAGGAAUUAAUACUUAUCAGUCCAUUCCAGUCAGUGCAUUACCUAGAGAAUCUCGUAUAGUUGUAGUUGUUAUUGGACAAAAACUUGUUGAAGAAACUAUUCAAAAAGUUGAAUUAGGAUGGGCUGCCAUACAGUUGUUUAAUUAUAAUGGGGAAUUAGUACAAGGUGGUUAUCUGUUGCCUUUCUGGGAAGGGGAAAGAAGUAAGCGGUUAGGACCUGCUCCAGGCCCUGGAACUCAUCCCUAUGGAGAUAUAGAUCCAGUGAUUGGAAUUGAACUUCAAGAUUAUGGCUUUGAUCUUAAAUUUCCUAAAAUAGAUAUUCAUCCUAUUCCUCCUGAUGGUGUUUAUGAUUUUUGCUCUCUUGAUCUUAAUACUCAACAACAAUUGCUUGAAAUCAUUAGCCAAGAUACUUUUUCAAACCCCAUGGAUGUAGAUAGAGAAAUAAUGUGGGAAAAAAGACAUUAUUUGUUAAAUCAUCCUCAAGCAUUACCAAAAGUUUUGUUAGCUGCCCAUAGUUGGGAUUAUUCAUGUCUUCAAGAUUUGCACUCGAUGUUACACUCUUGGGCACCAUUAGAUCAUGUUAGUGCACUUCAGUUAUUGUUACCAUGUUUUGCUGACAAUGAGGUAAGAUCAUUUGCUGUUGAUUGUAUUAGUAAAUUAAAAAGUGAUGAAUUGGUUGAUUAUUUGCCACAAAUCGUGCAAGCACUAAAAUAUGAAAACUAUGAAGCUUCAGCUUUAUCAAAACUACUUCUGGAAAGAUCUCUCAGUUCUCCAAGAGUGGCUCACUACUUAUAUUGGUUGCUUGUUCAGGAACUUCCUGGGGGCACCCCUCAGAAUUCGUGUGAAUUAAUUGAUAAAUCACUUGUUUCUGAAGCUCGCUACUACAGAAGACUACAACUUGUUUUAAGAGCUUUAUGGGCAAUAUCAGGAGAAGCAUUGAGGAAAACAUUUGUUUCGCAAGACUUGUUGGUUAAAAGAAUGUCUGACAUAGCAGAGAGUGUAAAGCAAUCAAAGGAAUCAACCAGGUUAAAUGUUUUAAUGGAAGGUCUCCAUGGUCUACACAAAUCCUUGACUGAUGACCCAACUUGUUUACCUCUUAGUCCUAGCCUUCAUGUAAAUGGAAUACAUGUAAAGUCAUCCUCGUACUUUCCUUCUAAUACUUUGCCAUUGAAAAUCAAUUUCACCAGCGAAGAGGCCAUUAUUCCUGCAAUUUUUAAAGUAGGUGAUGAUUUGAAACAAGAUAUGCUAACAUUGCAAAUGAUUAGAAUAAUGAAUAAACUAUGGCUAAAAGAAGGUCUCGAUUUGAAAAUUGUGACUUUUGGUUGUGUUCCAACUGGCUUUAAGAAAGGAAUGAUUGAAAUGGUACCAGAAGCUGAAACUUUAAGAAAAAUUCAAGUUGAGUUUGGUGUUACUGGUUCUUUUAAAGAGUGGCCAAUAGCUGAGUGGCUUGCUAAACAUAAUCCUUCUGCUCUUGAUUAUGAAAGAGCUGUUGCUAACUUCACAGCAUCUUGUGCUGGAUAUUGUGUUGCUACUUAUGUAUUAGGUAUAUGUGAUCGCCAUAAUGACAAUAUAAUGCUUAAAACAUCUGGUCAUUUAUUUCAUAUAGACUUUGGAAAGUUUUUAGGUGAUGCUCAAAUGUUUGGUAAUUUCAAAAGAGACCGUACACCAUUUGUUUUGACAUCUGAUAUGGCAUAUGUUAUUAAUGGAGGCGAUAAACCAUCUGCGAAAUUUCACAAUUUUGUAGAUUUGUGUUGCAAUGCUUUUAAUAUUGUAAGAAAGAGAGGAAAUAUCUUAUUAAAUUUGUUUGGACUGAUGGCUUCUUCAGGAGCUUCAGGUUUAACAGUAGAUUCAGUUCGUUAUGUUCAAGAUGCAUUACUUCCUGAACUGUCAAAUGCAGAGGCUGCUGCUACGUUUGCAAGGAUGAUUCAAAGCUCCUUAAAAUCAUGGUUUACACAAAUAAAUUUUUUCCUUCAUAAUCUUGCCCAGUUACGCUUCACUGGUGACCAUAAUGAUGAUGAAUUAUUAAGUUUUGUCCCAAAAAGAUACAGUAUGCACCAAGAAGGGCGGCUUAAGAGUGUUGAAGUAUAUGGUUAUCAAAAACGUUAUGAUCCAGAAAAAUAUUACAUGUAUAUUCUAAAAGUAGAAAGAGUUGGUCAAAAAGAUCCGUCGUACCUCUUUAGGUCAUAUAAGGAGUUCUGUGAAUUUCAUCAAAAAUUAUGUCUUCUUUUUCCAUUAGUGAAAUGUUACAGUCUUCCUGGUUCAAGUUUGCAUAUGGGUAGAUCAAAUAUAAAACAAGUUGCUGAUAAAAGAAUGCACGAUAUAAAAAAAUUUCUUCAAUCGCUUUUCAUUAUGGCAGAUGAAAUUUGCCAUUCUGAUUUAGUUUACACAUUUUUUCAUCCACUCUUAAGGGACCAACAAGAAUCCUCUAUUCAUGAACACAAAUUAAAAGAACAAAAAAAAGAUCGUAAUCCUGGAUGUUCUUCCAACUUUAUCAAGGGACAAAUAAAGCUUUCUUUUUACUAUCAACGCGAAACACUAUGGGUUAUGGUUCAUCAUGUGAGAGAACUCCCUUCUUUAUCAGGUGGACAGGAACCAUCUACAUAUGUUAAAGUUUAUUUAUUACCUGAUCCUAUUAAAGCAACAAAACGUAAAACGAAGGUUGUUCGAAAAAACUGUCAUCCAUCGUUCAUGGAGACGCUGGAAUAUCGAAUGCCAUUGGAGAUUGUACAGGAAAGAUUCCUUCAGGCAACUGUGUGGAACCAUGAUACUCUUCAAGAAAAUGAAUUUCUUGGUGGGACUACUAUUAACUUAGCCGAUGUUGAUGAUUUGACAAAGGAAGUAACAGGAUGGUACCUCCUAGGGAAUGUUUCCAGGCGAAUUAUGGGAAGCAUGAAUUUUUAAGUUAUCGAUUUAUGGCCUCUUUGAAAUGUAUACUCUGUAGAUAAUAUUUAGUGUUAUAUAUAUUUAUGAAAUCGCAUUUUAUGUUAAAAAAUUGAUAAUAUUCAUCUUUUUGUACAUUAGGUUAUGAAAUUAUUGAUUGAAACUAAGUAAUAAUUAUGUAAGAGAAAUUUGUUACUAAAUUUUGUCUAUUUGUAAUAUAUUGUUAUUUAAUACAAGUUUUAUAAAUAUUAAUUUUAGGCAAAGUAUAAUGAAAUCAAUAAAAAAUUAAUAAUAAUAUCAUAAAAUUGAUCUAUCUAAUUUUAGAUUGAGGGUGAUGUAUGAUAUUUCAAUUGUGUUCAUUUUUUUUUUUUUAAAGAGCUCUUUUGUUUUUAAAUGUUUUGUUAUAACCUUUUUUUAUGGAAAAGCGAAUAAGAUUAUUUAAUGCUUUUCUCCUUGCUUUUUAUGCAAGCAGGUCUGAUGUCGCUUUAAUAUUUUUUUAAUUUAAUGUUUUGUUUUUAUUAUUUUUUAAAAAUAUUGAAGGACUUUUCAUGUUCUGUUUUUAUUAGUUUUUGGAUUUUAAAUGUAAAUACUCUUAAUUUUGUCUUAUAAAGUUUUUAUUUAUUUUUAUAUUAUUAUUGUUUUUUCAUAUUACGCUUAACCAAAGUGGAAAAUUUAUAAAAUGAGGUAUAUUAAUGGGUUGAGACAAUUUAUAAAUAUUUCUAUAUUUUCCAUAAAAAUUAAUACUUAUAGUGUACGAUGGACUACUUC